AGAUGUGUAGUUUGUACCCUGGGCAAGACGAUCGCCAACGGCUUGCUGACUUCAUGAAACAUUCUGUCAGGGUACAGAAGGAAGUGUAUGAGGUCAGCGACCAAACAAAGAAUGCAGCGAAAGUCAUGACCUCAUGGCAAAUGUUUUGAACAAUAGUAUCCAAGAGGAACCGGGAGAAGGCAUUAAAAUACAAGAUAUGCCAGAGGAUGAACCCGAAGCGUUGAUCAUAGAAGAUGAUGUUGACCAGCCUCCAACCAGCCUCCAAGAUGAUGAAGAAAGUGAAGAGGAUUCCCUCUUCAUUCCUCCUGCCCAAGAUUCACCAAACUAUGACAGCCCACAACCAAGGAAACGGCAGCCAGUAAGGUUAUCUGUGUUCACCCCUCCUGCCCCUAGUCCUCCCAACCCUGACAGCUCAUCAAGGCAACUGAAGCCCGGUUGAAGACAAGAUGUCCAAGGCCAAGACCAAGAUUUGGAGACUGCGGUGAUAGAUUCUGGUAUGGAUACAAUGACCGUUGGGGCCAUAGUAGAGAUAGAGACAGUAGGGAAGAUAGAGAUAGUAGGGAUUACCAUA